AUGCCUCAAACUUGGGAAACCGACUUUACCACAGGAAGGGAGGCAGUCAAGGGAUGGAAGCAGACCUUCGGCAACCUUACAUAUGGACCUGAUGGAGCACAAUUUACCAUCACUAAGCCAGGGGAGGGACCCACCAUUGGUUCAGCAGGUUACUUCCACUUUGGUUACGUCGAAGUCGUUAUGAAGGCAGCGCCUGGUCAGGGCAUCAUCUCAUCCAUUGUUCUCCAAUCCGACAACCUAGACGAAGUAGAUUGGGAAUGGAUUGGUGGUGUUGACAGCCGUGUACAGCAAAAUUAUUUUGGCAAGGGAAACACUACCACUUUCGACCGUAUGAUCGAAGCCCCUGUAGCUAACAACCAAAACGACUUCCACAAGUACGCUCUCAACUGGACGGCCGAAUCCCUUACUUGGAUCGUUGACGACAAGCCUACGCGCACCUUGAAGUUUGCCGAUGCUAACGGCGGAAAGAACUACCCGCAAACUCCUUGCAAUGUCCGUCUCGGUAACUGGGCUGGUGGCGACUCCAAGGAUGUAGGCACUGUCCAGUGGGCCGGUGGAAAGGUCAACUAUGCGGCUGCGCCAUUCACCAUGACAGUUAAGAGUGUCAAAGUCAUCAACUACUCUCCUGGCAAGGAAUACACGUACUCGGAUAAGACCGGUUCUUUCGGCUCCAUCAAGGUCGUCGAGGCUGGCAACACCGCGGGUGCCGCUCAAAACAACGUCGCAAUCGAUGCCGCUGCUUCGGGUACUGGCUCGCAAGCUCCUUUGGCCUCGGGCAUCAAUGUACCUCCUCCUACUGGUGGUGCUGCUGGUAACUCUACUGGUGACGCCCCUUGUGACUGUGGCACCGCCACUGUCACCGUCACCGGGGCGCCUCCUGCGUCUUUUAGUACAAAGUUUCCAGCCUCGAGUGGCCCUGUCUCUACUGCCAAGGUUCCUGCCACUACCGCGAAGCCUUCCUCAACUCCCGGCGGCGCAGCGGCUCCAUACCCAACCACUGGUAUCGCAAUGGACACCCGACCUGCGCCCGGCGUCAACAUACCUCUACCAACUGGCGCACUACCUCAGCAAUCUGGAAACCCCUCUAUCUCCGUAUCCGCUCCUCCCUCACAGUUCACUGGCGCAGCAAGCCACGUCAAGGCCAGCGGCCUUGUCGGCGCUGUUGUGGGAGCCGUCUUGCUCGCUUUCUAA